ACCGCAGACGGCCGAUACACACUCAUCCCGAGUUUCGUCAUUUUCGGUGGACUUGUUUUUCAGACUUGCUGUCACAGACUGCGCCACUUCUUUCGGGAAUUAAUAGAGUUCGGAGCCGCUUAUCCCGGCAGCAGCGGAAGCAGAGGUCCAACUACAGGAACGGAACCACAGAGUGCCUGGCCCGAGCAGCCAUGCUGAUGUAUGACUACCCUCUGAAGACAGACAUGGAGACGUCCUUCUUCUCAUCCUUGGUGAAAACCCCAGAGCAGUACGGCGUCAUCUUCCCCCACCCGGCCCACAUCUACCACCCGACGCACAUGCACGCGUUCGCUCAGUCCCCCAGCAACCCGCCGCACGCGCAGCUGGAGCCAGUGGACCUGUCGCUCAGCAAGCGCUCCACCUCGUCCUCCUCCCCUCCCUGCUCCUCCUCCUCCUCCUCCUCCUCCUCUCCAGCCUCCUCACAGAGCUCCCCACCGUCCCCAUACAGCUCAGGGAACCGCUCCUCCCCUCGGUGCUCACCUCAGCUGUCCCACAUGCGAUCCUCGCCCUCCCACGUUAUCCCGCCGCCCACAGCAUCGCUGUCCUACCCCACCGUGGUGGCUCCCCUCAUCAGCUCCAGCUCAGGUAAAGGGGUCAUGAUGUCUCCCGUCAUGGUGCCGCUGUCCGUCCUCUACCCCUCCCCCCUGCACCUGCAUCAGCCCAUCAUGGUGAGCCCACACGUCAUCACCGAGGAGGACGCGCAGCGGAGCAGAGAACACAAGACAGUCCAAACUACAAACCCGAUGGAGCUAACAGGAGAGGAGCUGGACCUGCACAAGUCCAUCAAAACAGAACCUCGUCCUGAACUCAUCCACGAGCAUCACAGCAGCCAUGACCUGAAGUCCACAGCCAUCCGGAUACAGCGGGAGUUUGAGGGAAACAAUCCAUCCGUCAUAGUUCACUCCCGAACCAGUCACCCUCUGCCCGCAGACUCUCCAGACUCUCUGAAGAAGAGACGGAUCCAUCGCUGUGACUUCAACGGCUGCAACAAAGUCUACACCAAGAGCUCGCACCUUAAAGCACACCGCCGCACGCAUACCGGUGAGAAACCCUACAGGUGCAUGUGGGAAGGCUGCACAUGGAAGUUUGCUCGCUCCGAUGAGCUGACGAGACACUUCCGCAAACACACAGGAGUCAAACCCUUCCAGUGUCCUGACUGUGAACGCAGCUUCUCCCGCUCUGACCACCUGGCCCUGCACAAGAAACGUCACCUCCUGGUGUGAAGGUUGCCGCUGGACUCUUGAACAACAUGCCUUGGACUGGGGAAGGACAGUUGCUCAGGGGGGAUUUGACACUUUGUAUCUCUGUAACUGUGGGUGUUUUAUCGGGCCAGGGAUCCGUCCAGGCUCUAAAGGAACUUCAGCAGCUCAGCUGGCCUGAGUGUAGCGCCCUCCUUUGGCUCUUGCUUGAAGCACACAAAGCUUGAUCAUAUAUCUGUUCCUCUGCCUGCGAUAUUGUUCACAAGCUAUGCAAACAUAAUGUGAAACUCUCCGGAAUGUAUCCCUCCACAGCCAGCGUGGAUGUAACAGACGUCCACUCAUAUCUCCACACACCACACCUGCCUCUUCUUCAUGAAGUAGAACGGAAUCAGUGAAAAAGAAGCUCACAUUUCUUGUACAUAAGUUGCAGUCAGCAGUAGGUUUCAGUGGGUUCAACUCUCGAUGUUUGAAAAAGGUGUUAUUAAAAUGUGAAUGUUUUGCCGCGGGGCAUUGAUGCUGUGGGGAGGAAGUGAUGCCACAGUUGGUUUCAUGUUGGUCAUCGUCGCUACUCGUCGUGAAGUGUGAUAUCCAGUUCACCGUGAUCAAUUUGGGCUCUCCAUGGUGACAGUUUUGUUUCUACAAGUCACUUCUGAACAGGCUGGAAUCAUCUGUCUCCAGCAAAUAUGUCCAGUCAGUCGAACACCGUGAUCCAUCAGCACUGAACAUUUGCUUUGAUCCACCUACAGGUGACGUCCGCGCUGCAAUGUUUUACACAUCAACUUGACGCCACUUCCUGUCUUCGAGUUUGCACUUUAUACACAAAACAUUCCAAAUUUAUUUGAGUUUUUUUCUCCGUCAUACAUCUGCCGGUCAGUUGUGCACAGAGUUUCACAUGCAAUUACUGUCAAGCGUAUCCGCUCAGUGGAUCGGCUCUCGGAUUUUCUUCGCCAUUUUUACAUGUAUGAGUUUGUUGACGACUAAUAUAAGUGGUAAUAUAUAUAUAUAUAUAUAUAUAUAAAUAUAUAUACAGUAUAUAUAUGUAUAUUUUAUGUGAUUAUUAGACUGAACGGGCAAUAAAGGUUUCUAUUAAGCAUGAUUUUUGAUACUCUCAUAUCAAUGGCUAUUACACAUUUUUAUAAAACUGUGCCUUUACUCAACUUUUUUCCACCUGUGUUGCUCAUUCAAAGGGAACCUGAUGAACUGUGAAUCGUGUGCAGGUCUAUUUGCCAUUCCGCAUUUAUUUGAAAAAGAAUACUCUCACCUCUUAAUAAACAUAUUAAUAUUAUUCACAGAAAGGAAUAUUGUGUGGAUCUUUGACUGUUCACCUGUACUGCUGCAGGGCUGUUGCAUCCUCUGUCAUCCUGCAACUUAUGAGUCAUCACUACCAGUCAGCCUGGUGACAGGUUUCCUCUUCAUGCUCUCCAUGACCACAUCCAUGACCCUCACUGUCUCUUAACCAUGUGGAGCUAUUUCACAGCUUAUGGGUUUGAAUUCCUCAUUCUCAGGAAUGGCUGGAAUAAUUCAGAAAAAUAUGUAAAAAUAAAUAUUAC